AUGGGGAUGGGCAACGGGGGCGGUGAUGGGAGCGGCGGGACGCAUGUCUACUUGAACGUCUAUGAUUUGACGCCGGUGAACAACUAUCUCUACUGGUUUGGCCUCGGUGUCUUCCACUCUGGGAUUGAAGUUCACGGAAUGGAGUAUGGAUUUGGAGCACAUGAUUACCCAACUAGUGGAGUCUUUGAGGUAGAACCAAAAAGCUGUCCUGGUUUUAUCUUCAGACGUUCUGUGUGGCUGGGCACUACUGAUAUGUCCCAUUCAGAAUUCCGCCUAUUUAUUGAAGAUGUGGCUGGAAAAUAUCAUGGUGACAUGUAUCAUUUGAUCAUCAAGAACUGCAAUCAUUUUACAGAUGAAGUUAGCAGGCAUAUAACAGGAAAGCCUAUUCCAGGAUGGGUGAAUAGACUUGCCAGAUUAGGAUCAUUUUUCAACUGCAUUCUCCCUGAAAACAUUCAGGUUACUGCAGUCGGACAGUUGCCACUUCAUCCAGCUUACUCUGAAGAUGGAUCAGAUUCAUGUGCAUCCUCGUUUGUAGAGGCAAGUGAAGAGGAAGAUGCAGAUCAUCACCUUCUAAAGAAAACAAACAGCGACUUGGCGCAUGCAAAUGAUAAGACACUGAGGCUUGGUAGAGAUGUCAUGUGACCCUUCUUUUGCCUGCUGCUUAGUCUCUGUGUCUGAUGUAACCAAGAAGUUAACAACAUGUACGCUAUUGUUUCCAAUUAAUCCUUCCUUAUUGCGUGACUACUCUCUUCCCAAGUCUUCACAUCGACUGUAUUCCUAACAGUAGUAGCGUUCUUUUGUAAUGUAUGAAGCGCGGAUGCGGUGCCUCCUGGUUUUCCUGUAGCAAUUUCAUGUACGGAACUUGGAUUUGACUCGUGCUGCGGCUGUUUUGUUUA